AUGAGCUCCUCAAAUCCUUCCACAGACCAUCCAACUUCUUCCGAUGGCACGACUUCUUCAACUGCUUCAUCCACACAUUACCAUGUAAUGUCAGAAGAUGUUCGGAAUCGUUUGUUUAAACAGUCAUCUCCCGAGACUUCUACCGUAAAUCACGUUGAUGCUUUUAUAUUUCAUUACAUGUAUGAGAGAGGAUUUUCAAAGUCUUUAGAAGGCUUUGAAAUUGCUCUAAAUCUUUUCAAUAAGAAAAGACUCAUCAAGCUCAUACAGGCUGGAGAGUUUGAAAGGGCAAUCGCUUACUUGUCCAAUUGCAAAAAUUUCCUUCGUGAAGCCGAAUAUAAUACAGUCAUGCGUAGGAUCUUUUAUGCCUAUUUUCCAUGUCUAAUGUUGAAGGGUGAAACAGCAAGAGCGAUGAAACUAAUCACAGAGAUGGAAAACAUGGGGCUCUACGAUCAAGAAGCAAAGCUUAAGUAUGGUGAUUUGUUAAAAUUUGAGAAGCUUUCAAGUGUCAUUUCUCGGGAAAUGGUGAUCGGUAAGUGUGCCGAGGUGGUCACCAAAGAUUUGGAAAGUAUUGAGGAUCACUUUUGUAGAGAUAAGCCAGAUAUUCCAACAAAAUUCGAGAAACUCGAUCACGCUGCUCUUCUUAAUUCUUUGCAAUACGUGUUCGACUAUCAUCCAACCAAGCUCAUCAAUACCUCCAAAAAUAUGACUGUGGAAGCGACAACGACCUCAAUAUGGUCUGAAUAUUCUGGUCCAAGAAGUAAGAAAAAGAAAUUCUCUCACGUGUCAUCUUCUGAAAGAUCAGAAGCUUCACCUCAAAUCGAUAUGACAUCUUCAAAGGAUGCAUCCAGUGCUUCUUUAACACAAAAGCAACCGGAACGCAUUUUUUCAAUUAGCAAAUUGAAUGAGCUUAAGGUAUUUGACUCUCCAAUUUAUGAAAUUUCGAUACACUCUGGAUCAACUAAUGUUCCACCUAAGGCCCUUGUCACCUCAAUUAUAGGAGGCGAAAAGGAUAAGCAGUUGCUGUUUAAAGCUUUCCACAUAUCGAAUUUUCAAGAAAUGAAGAAUUGCGUACCACCUGAAAAGCUAGCCGAAUUUGUUCACAUGGGAGAGAGUGAAAUUUCGCCUGCCAUAACAUUUGCUGUGAACCCUAUAUUCAUUGAGAUUGCCAACAAAAAUAAGCUUCUCCUUUUGAAACUAGAAUCUGACAAGCAUUAUCCUUAUUCUUUUGAUGUAACAAUCACAAGUAUUUUGAUGCAAGGAGAUACAGCUUGUCCACUUCUUGGUACUGCCACAGGUGAUCUUGGGUUGGCCGACAUUAAGGCCAAAUCUAUUACAAAAUUGGGAAAUAUUGACAAUAGUCCUGUUGUUAUGAUUUUGAAAGCUGCUUUCGAUGACCCUGUCAGAUAUAUCUUAAUGAGAAAUGGAAAAGUUUUCCGAGUGGAAUGGAAAGAGGGAAAAAUUGACUCCAACAGCAUUUUCAAAUAUGAGCCCGAUAUACCACAAAGUGCUUCUCUUCCUUACAUGACUGUUCAUCCAAAAAGACCAACUGAAAUACUCAUCAAAUACGGCACUGUUGUGCAUGUGGUUGCUUUAUCUGGAAAGUCAUUCAGCAGAAGGAGCUCUAAAGAGUGGAAAGAUCUUUCAGCUGUUUGUUAUAGUCCUGAUGGAAAAUACAUAUUUGUUGCUCACACAAAUGGAGAAAUUUCAGUGUGGGGAGGAGUUGCUUUUCUUCCAAGAGGAACCCUGUUAAAUUUGGACCCAAAUAACUAUGCUACCUAUAUGACUCUAGCAUACAAUAACAUUUUGUUGAUUGGAACCAAAGAUGGAUCGUUCAUUUCGUAUGACGUGACUAAUACCAAGCAAUAA